AUGGCAUUCUGUGUUCUCGAAAGAAGCUUCGUCUCAGGGCCCUGGAAUCCGUGGAUCCUGGAAAGGCAAGGAAAGCACGAAGAGGAACGGCACUUGCGGCGAGCGACAGCGACUCCAAUCGCUACUCUGCAGAAUGCAGAUCCCGACGUGUUGCUCUAUGCCUUAGAGGCUGGCGAUAGGGAGAAGGCUCUUGAACUGCUACGCGGCCCGGGUGCCGAGGCGUUACUGCGGCGACGGUCCCGCAGGCGGGACUGCACGCCGCUGAUGUUGGCAGCUGGCGCCUCUGGCGAAAUCUACGAGGAGAUCGUGGAGUGCAUCCUCGCCUUCGGCAGUGCUGCCAACGUCGCAGCUAAGAGCCGUAGCUUCCGCACGGCCGCAGACUAUGCGGCGAUGCACCCCGGUCCCGGUAGCGCCCGGCUCGCUAGGCGUUUGAAGGCCCUGGCCACCGAGGAGUUGGCAAAGACGGCAGACGUUCGAUGUCCCUGUUGUGGGGCAGCACUUAUGCGGCGCCCAAGAGUAGCUUCUUUGGCGGACCGCUACCGAAAGGGGCGGCACACGAAUCCGCUCCUUCAGCGUUUCUUCAAAGACUGGCCAAAUACCUGGGAGGCUCUGAUGGGCCCGGAGUUCCACACCUUUCACAAAGCGCGCAGCCUGCACAAGGAGCUGUCCGAAUCCCUGGCAGCUCUUGAAGAAUUGGAGGAGUUGUGCCCAGAGCUGCAACGGGACGAGGGGAAGGAGUUGCACCUCAUGGACCUGUGCUGCGGCAAAUCAUUGACGUGCGCCCUCGCCGCAUCACGCUUUCCGAAGCUCACAGUGUCUGGCGUAGAUUUCGUAGGGCCAGAAGCUCUGCCACACUACGAAUGGGCUGGUAUGCGCAAUGUAGAAUACCUACAGCAGGACGUGCUUGCCCAGAACAGCACAAGUGUUCUGAGCCAAAGAAUAGCGGAAGUCCAACGGCCAACUGCAAUCAUUGGUAUCCAUCUUUGCGGUCGGCUUAGUGAGAGAGCGGUUGAGCUCUUCGCAUUGGAGCAGGUGACUACUUGCAUACUUGUUCCAUGCUGCUUGCCGCACCUUCGACAAGCCCCUGCGUCCCUGACCCAUCUCUACCGGAAUUCCGUACCCGAUGCGACCCAGUAUGCGGAGUGGGCUUCCUACUUGCAGGAGCGACUCAUGGAAAUGCCUGGCACUGUGGUUCGGACAGUGCUGGCGCCUGAUAUGAUGUCCGAGAAACGUCUGGUCUUGACCGCAACGAAAAGAGCCACGCACUGUGUUUUCAUGCCGCGCAUGCCAUGGAUCAAUGGUGAUUAG